AUGGCAUCUUCAAAAAAGAAAAUAACUCAAGUCGAACUGAGACUUUUUUACAUAACACUUUACAUUUUCUUAACUUGUCAUACGUAUGAUAAAGAUGGUACGUUGCAUUGUAUAGUUUGUGAGACAGUUGUGAGAAGUGAAAAUGUAUGGAGCGUUCACCUAAACUCAAAAAAUCAUAAACAAAACAUAUUAUCUAAAGUUAAGAAAAAGGAACCUCCCAAAGACAAUUUUAAGGAGCCCAAACCAAUCGCAUUAAAACGACCAACUCCUCCAACUCCUUUGACACCAACACCCCCGAAAAAACUUAAAAGUAUUUUAAAAAAUCCCACACCAGUUAGUUUCAAUAUAAAAAAUAAUGAAAAUUCAAUUCAAUUAUCAAAAACUGUUAGUGAACCAAGUGUCAUUGAGGAAAGUACAACAGAGGGUGGUAGUGAAAGUAUAAAUCCGGAAACAAAUCUCGAAGAAGAUGACACCAAUUAUGAUGUUUUACCUGAAGGAUUUUUUGACGAUCCAAAGUUAGAUGCUAAAGUUAGAAAUGUAGAAUAUAGAGAUCCAAUUGAAGAAGAAUGGGAGCUUUUUCAAAAAGAAAUUAAAGAAGAAACGAGUAAAGCACAGCAAAUAAUUGCAGAGGAUCAAGAAGAAGCAACAACAGAAAGGCAAAUUGAUGAAAUCGAUGAACAAAUUAGAAAUUGGACUAGAGUACUCGAUUUAGAAAAGAAAAAAGAAAAAGUUAACAUGUCAGUUACAGAAUCGAGAGCAGACAAUGAUGAUGAUAUAUCUGGAGAUGAAGAGUUUGAAGAAUUUUUAGACUGGAGAUCUAAAAAAUCAUUUGAUUACAAAUUAAAUAAUACAGUUCUACCAACUUAG